AACUGUCAUUAUUAUUAAUGAAUCUUUAAGCUUAUCCAUUAAAAAAAAAAAAAAAAAGGAGAAGAAAUAAAGUGAGUCAGAAACAUGAUUUGAUUUAGUCCACAUUUUUUCACAAUCUUCACUUCCUUCCUUCCACGAAGAUUCUCUCAAAUAAAUAUAUCCUUCAUUCAUUUCCCUCCACACAACUACCUCAACUGUUCUUCUUGACUCUCUAAAACACCACUUGCAUUAUUUUAUACACAGUCAAAUAAUCACCAUAACAGUAACACUAAUAUUUUAUACAUAGUAUACUUUUGUUUUUGUUAUUGUUGUUGUUUCAAUACUUAUGUUUAUGUUUCCAUUUCACUGAAACAGAAUCAUUGUACAAACAAACACUAACAAACGAUGGAUCCAAACUUCUUAGGAUUUGAAACAACCUUUGAAAUCGAUGACUAUGGUAACAUUCAACUCCUCUCCGACCAAAAUCCAACCACUAAUGAUCCUUAUUUCUAUCCACCACCCUAUAUGGACCCACCACCACCGAGUUAUAAUUCUAACUCACUUUUCAACUCGGAGGAGGAGCCACUAGUUUCCACUGAUCCUUCUUUUGAAGACACUGAUUUUUCAGAAACAGUUAAAUACAUAAGCCAAAUUCUCAUGGAAGAAGAUUUUCAACAAAAACCAUGUAUGUGUUAUGACCCAAUUACCCUUCAACAUACUGAGAAAAUUUUCUUUGAUGCUUUGGAAUCAAAAUCGCCUCUUCUUUCACCUAAUCAACACCCUCUUGAUUUUCUUCAGAUUCCUAAUGGGAAUUCUUCAGCUACUGAUUCUGGAAACAGUUCUUGUUCUAAUGAGUUGUUGAAGCCUCUUUCUCCUGAUACACCUGUUUCAGGUAGUACUGAUUCUGGUUUUAGUUCAAUUUCAAGUGUUAAGUUUGAUCAGUUUAUUGUUCCUAAACAUGGUUUGAAUAAAAAUAAUAAUGAUAAUAGUAUUAGUGAUGGUGUUUUGGAUUUGGAUUCUUCUGAAACUAAGGUUUUAGCUCAGAAUAUUUUUAGUGAUGUUGAUUCUAUGUUGCAGUUUAGAAAAGGGUUAGAGGAAGCUAGUAAAUUUCUUCCUCAAAAGCCUCAGCUUUUUACUGGUUUGGAGAAUAUUAGUAAUAGUUUAGUGUCUCAAGAGUCUAAGGGAAGGGUUGAAGUGAUUAAGAUGGAGGGUAGUGAUAGGGAAAAUUCAAAUUCUAGUUAUUCGAUAAAUUCGAGUUCACGUGGUUUGUUGAAGAGUAGAAAGAAUCAUGAGCGCCAAAGUAGUGAAGAUGAAGAAGGAAGAAGUAAUAAACAGUCUGCAGUUUGUGUUGAGGAGAGUGAAAUAACUGAGAUGUUUGAUAGGGUUUUGCUUAGUGUCGAAAAUGUGCCGUUGUGUGCUGAAAACAAGGAUGGAUCGGUGGUGGAUAGUAGCGGAAAGGUUGGUGAACCUGAUGGAAGAGGGAAAGCGCGUUCCAAGAAACCAGGGAAGAAGAGGGAAACUGUGGAUUUGAGGACCCUUUUAGUUCUUUGUGCACAAGCUGUGUCUGCUAGUGAUAACAGGACUGCUAAUGAAUUGUUAAAGCAGAUUAGGCAACAUUCUUCUCAUUUAGGUGAUGCACCGCAGAGGUUGGCUCAUUACUUUGCAAACGCGCUCGAAGCGCGCAUGGUUGGUGCUGGUGCCGGUACACAAAUAUUAUAUAUGAGCCAGAAGAUGUUUAGUGCUGCUGAUUUCUUGAAAGCUUACCAAGUUUUUAUAUCUGUUUGCCCUUUUAAAAAAAUUGCACAUUUCUUUGCAAAUAAAAUGAUUUUGAAAACAGCUGAAAAGGCAAAAACCCUUCACAUUAUUGAUUUUGGUAUCUUAUAUGGUUUCCAGUGGCCAAUUCUUAUCAAGUUUUUGUCAAAAAGAGUUGGUGGACCUCCCAAGUUACGCAUCACCGGAAUUGAGUAUCCCCAAGCUGGCUUUCGACCGGCUGAAAGAAUCGAGGAAACUGGCCGACGUCUAGCUAACUAUUGUCAGCGUUUCAAUGUUUCAUUUGAAUACAAGGCCAUACCAUCGCGACAUUGGGAAACCAUUCAAAUUGAAGAUCUUAAUAUUAAGAGCGACGAGGUAGUUGCUGUGAACUGUCUGAUAAGGUUUAAGAAUUUACAUGAUGAGACAAUUGAAGUAAACAGUCCCAAAGAUGCAGUUCUGAAGUUAAUCAGGAAGAUAAAUCCGAGUAUAUUUGUUCAAUCCAUAGUAAAUGGAACUCAUAAUGCACCUUUCUUUUCCACGCGCUUCAAGGAGUCGCUUUUCCAUUAUUCUGCAACGUACGAUAUGUAUGAUACUCUCAUAUGCCGUGAAAAUGAAUGGAGGUUGACGCUCGAGAGAGAGUUUUUGGGUCGGGAGAUUAUGAAUGUCGUAGCAUGUGAAGGUUUAGAGAGGGUUGAGAGGCCUGAGACUUAUAAACAGUGGAAGGUUAGGAAUCUUAGGGCUGGUUUUAGACAGCUCCCACUGGAUAAGGAUAUAAUGGACAACUUUAGAGGUAAGCUGAGAGCAUGGUACCACAAAGAUUUUGUCUUUGACGAAGAUAACAACUGGAUGCUUCAAGGUUGGAAAGGCCGCAUUUUGUAUGCUUCGGCUUGUUGGGUGCCAGCAUAAUUAUAUGUUACUGAACUCUUUUGAGAACUCAUUGGGUUGAAAGGUUCAGUUAUGCCUGCUAUGCCCUAUUUGCUUAAACUUCAGCUAUGCGAUGUAUAUUCUUCCCAGCUUCGCGCCAAGUAACUCUGUAUAAUUAUGUCUGAAUUUCUUUCCAGAUUUCGCACGGAAUCUGGCAGGGAGAAGAAGAGCCUGACAAAGUAAUAGUGUCCUUUUUAUAGAUUUUUUCACUCUGACCAACAUGUCUAAUAUAAACAAGUUGGUGAAAAAGUUUUGUAGGAUAUUUAUGGUGAAAUAGACCAUUUACUAAGUUGGCAAGUUUGUUUAAUUUGUGAAAUAGAUGUCUAUUUUUUAAUUUUCAGGUAGUUUUACAAUGACAAUUCUUGCUUCUUGUUUCUGUCUUUGAAAUUUAUGUCAGCACAACAUGUUUGAAGCUGUCUCAUUUUCAGCUUUACUUCGAUAAAUGACAAUCUAUCAUUGCUUCUUGUUUCUA